AUGAAAUGUUUAAACGGCAUUGUAACUAAGACAAUACAUGCUGAACUAAAUAUUCGACAGCAAGAACUUCCGCAGGUUGAGCAGGCACUCCUUGUCAAAAACAAUGUUGUUGAAACUUUAGUUAACAAGGAUACACAGUUUAGUGCAAUAUUAACAGGUGGAAGCAGUGCAGUUGUAGAAUGGAUUUCAAAUUUUGAUUCCCUCGUUACAUAUGGUGUUUGUAACGGAAGUCUAGAGGCAAUUGAGACAACCAUAGCUUUUCCGUCAGCGCAGAAUUAUACUUUGACUGUUUUGGUUAUCAAUAGUUUAGGGCAAAAUCUCUCUGCACAGAUUGACGUCAUAGUUUGGAAACCUGUAGAAGGGUUUUCUUUUAGCAUAUCACCUACAGUAGCAAGUGUCAACGAAACGAUUACAUUUACUAUAUUACUGGACAACAACAACAGAUUGCCUAUGGGGAAUAUCAUUUUCAACAUAUCGUUUGGAGAUGGAAUCAAUGAUAUUAGUUCUGACAACGUUGCGAGUGAUUUAACAACAAACGGGAUUAUUUUCAAACAUACUUACGACAAACAAGGAAAUUAUUCUAUUACUUCCUAUGCCUACACAUCAUUAAGCGAAACAAAAUUUAGUCGUACAGCCUUUGUUUGGAAUAACAUUUCACUUCCAACAGCCGUGUCCUACAUUGAAAUUAAACAAAAUGGUUUGUUCCUUUCUGAUUACAUUACCAAUACUCCAUUUAUGUACUAUAUUGCAUAUGGUGAUAAUAGGAAUAAAACCAACUCUCCUGAUAUCAUUACGAAUAAUCAACCGCUAAAUAUAAGUGAAUGGGAUUAUAGUUAUGCAAGUGAAGGAAUUUAUGAGAUUGAAUUUGAAGCUUGGAAUCCAUUUUACACAGAGAAAUGUAAAUAUAUUGUGAAAGUGCAAAAUCCAGUACCACUAUUAACAUUACUACCUUUGGAGACGUCGCCUUUAUCGCUCUUCCCUGCAAUACCAAGCGGUGUAGAUUUCACGUUGAAUAUGACAAAUGAAAACAGCCUUCCACCGACAAACAUGACUUGUAAAUUUUGCUUUGAUUCAAGCACUUGCUCUGCAGGCAAAGAUGUUGAUUUUUCAUCUGAUAAUUUCUACACGAUAAAUCAUAAUUACACAGACACAGGUGAAAUGAACAUUACUGUUAAUUGUUCGAACAAUGUCAGCCACGGAAUGGUAACCACGAGGAUAGAAAUGUUACCUGGGAUAAAGGAUUUUAAGGUAACAAAUGGAUAUGUGUUAUCUUUACCGACAAACAAUUUUACAACCUCAGAAUUCAGUUACUCGCAAGGUACAUUGAUGUCAACUUUAAUCAAAGUACAUGCAGACGAGAUAAUUUAUAUAACAGGCACUGUUGAUAAUAACACAAAGACUGGUUAUGUUAAAAUCAAAGAGGAAAACCUACCAAAUGUGUCUUAUGGUAGCUAUAAAGUGACACUCGAGCUCCACAGCAUUUCUGGAGAAUUCCAUGAAAUGAUUUUAGCACUUUUCUAUGAAGAGCCAAUAUCUGGUUUUCAAGUACAUGAAGAAGCUGAUCUGGUCUUAGUGAAUAGGGCUACUUCAUUUAACGUUAGUUUUACAACAGGCAGUAAUGCAGAAGUGGAAAUAGUUAUCAGGGAUACCGAGUCCAUAUUGGUGUCAUGUGAAGGAAAUGAACGCAUCAAUCAAGUCCCUUAUCAAUACAUUGAUGCCAUAGACUAUACCAUUAAUUCUGUAGCUAGAAAUACUAUUUCCAGUUCCAACACAGAAUAUACAAAAGUAAAAACUGUCAAACCUAUUAAAGGAUUUGACAUCGAUGGUCCUAUAGAUCCCAUUGAUUCUUAUACGAACGCUAGUUUGACUGUAAAAUUGGAUAACUCAAGUCGGUUACCAAUGCAUAACUUAACUUUGAAUUUAUACUAUGGUGACCUUUUAAACAGUAACAUAUCAUUUAAUGAACACUUGACCGAUCAAGCUUUGAAUGCCGACGGAUACGUCAAUAGGCAUGAAUACACCAAGCAAGGAAACUAUACCGUGAAGGGUAUUAUGAUGUCUAGUCUAAGUUCACAGACCAUGGAGCAUGUUGUAUAUGUAUGGGAUAAUAUAACAAACCUACGACUAACAUCAAACAGGAGUGCGGUAGUAGACGAACCAAUAACUUUCUCCUUCAUAAAUGUUCCAAGAUGUGGGUUUGAAUACCAAAUUGAAUAUGGAGAUGAAACUGUAGAGCACAGUCCGUCCAAUAUUCUCUACGAAGACUAUACUGAGACCACGUUUUCCCACAACUAUUCAUCACCGGAAGUUUAUGAAGUAAGCGUGACACUUUGGAACCCAUUUUUCAAAGUUUUUCAUAAAUAUCUUAUAAUAAUCCAGUACCCUAUUGUUGAUUUUUACUUGUCACCUCAACCACCUGCAGUACAAUAUCCUUUUCCAGAUGGCGAAGUUAUUUUUACGAUUAAUAUGACCAGUAAUAAUUCAGACCCGACAAAUGUUACCUGUCAAUUUAGUUAUGAAAAUGAAAUUGUAUCUAGUAAUGAUUCAGUUGAUAUAACAUAUAAUAAAAACGUAUCGAGGAUUCAUAACUAUACCGACGAGGGGUUUAAAAAUGUUAGAAUUAUAUGUUCCAAUAUUGUCAGUAGUGUUACACUUACGACACAGAUAGAAAUAAAGGAAGUUGAAUUAGAGCAUUUUACAUUUUUGUAUCCACCUGUCGUUCCAAUGAAUAUGACAUCAAAUGCAACUGAUAUUCCUGUUUCUGUUGAAUUUAAUAUCGCUUUGUUUGAGUGUGUCCGAUUUCCACCAGAAGUACAAUUUAUGUGGAACUUUAAUGACUCUUCAAAAGUAACAACACAAAGUAGUUAUAUUGAACAUACGUUUACAGAAAGGAGAAGAUAUACAAUUUCAAUUAAGAUUUAUAACAACUCCGCUGAAACAACUAAGAAACUUGAUAUUAAAAUAGGCGCGGUAGAUUUUGAUGUUAGUUCAUUCCUCGGAGGGGUAGGAAUUACGAAUUUUACAUUUUCUAUGACUGGACUUGGCAAUGGAGAAUAUGAACUCUUUCCUGGUAUUGAUACCGUGAUACAAAAACAACAACUAAAUGAAAACGAAGGCGUUAACAUCUACAAAGUUUAUGUCGAUUGGGGAUCAUUCUAUCCAAGAAUAAUUGCUAGAAAUGAAAAUUUUACUGAGUUCCUUUACUUUCAUGAACCUAUUGUUGUCGACUAUAACAUGUCUGUCAUGCAAAUUGACAUGCCAAAAACUCUAAAAAUGCCGAAUCCGGGUAAAGUUAAUGUAACAGCAUCUCUAGUUGGUACUACAAUUCCACUUCCAAUUACGUCAUGUACAUACGACAUGCAAGAUUUUAUUGAUUUUUCUGUUGUGACUUUAACACACAAUAUUACCUAUACUAGUCCUAUGAUAUAUACUUUUGAAUAUUUAACUCUUGGAGACCAUGAUGUGACUAUCAAUUGUUCAAAUAAUUACGACACCUUUGUUUAUCAGAGUACGAUUACAGUCACAAACAAAUGUUUUACAAUUGAAGGAAUCUUUGAUCGACAAUAUGCCAGACCUACUACACCAAUGAUAGUGUACACAACGGAAAAUUUUGAUUUAGCAAAUCGAAUGGGGGUUCACUGUUCAAAUCAGACAAUAACGUUUAAUUGGGAUGUGUAUCGUAUUAUAGAACCAGAGAAUAAACAACGUAUAAAUAAUACGGGGAAUGAGGCUGAUCAAGCUAACAGAGGAGCAUACAGAUUUUCUAAAGGAAAAUUCAAGGAGGGGUUAUAUGAAAUAUUUCUUAAUGUUUCGUUAUCAACAACAUGGAUUCCAGAGAGAACGUAUCUGAGGUUUAUAAGGCCUGCUCCAAUUGCAUUUAUAGAAGGUGGAUUUCAGAGGACCAGUAAACUUUCUAAUAAAUUUCUAACAAUAGAUGCUUUGACAUCAUCUUAUGACAUUGGUCUUGGAUAUGGUGGGAAUGUAGAUUUAAACUUCACUUGGACAUGUUACCGAAUAAAUGCGUCCGACUUGGAUGAUUUGGCAAACAAAUAUGAGGAAGAUGGUUAUAGAAACACAUCCUGUGAAAUAAAUGAAACAACGCGUGGUAUAGCAAAUUUAACAUUUGAAGAAGGAAUUCAGCAAGGUUACAUAGUAACAGUCAAGGUUAUUUUGGAAAAUGUAUUUGCAGAAUACACUCAACUGACUAUGACGGUCGAUGGGAUUAGCCCCGAUAUAUACAUUCGGUGCAAACUCAACUGUGAUUCGAAAUACGCUGUUACUGCUCACUCUAUAUGGGAAGUUGUUUGCAUUGAUUGCGUUAGUGCACCUACAUACAUGUGGAAGUUAAAUGAACAAGAUAAUGUCACUUUGUACUGGUCAGAAGUUUCAGGGACAGAAUUAAAAACGAAAACAGGUUGCACAAAGCAGUCAUUCGACAUAGAGGAUUUCAGUUUAACACAGGGUAAACAUUACAGAAUAGAAGUAUCUGUAACAGAUACGAAUGGAGAAGGACAAGCUAAAUGGUCAUUCUUUACUAAUGCGAUUCCGUAUGAUGGUGUCUGUAAAGCAGUAAAUCAUACAAUUCUAGGUCGCCCUCCAACAGAAGAAGAAAUAGAUGAAAAUAUCGUGCCUAUGGGAAAGGCAUUUUCUACGAAAUUUGCAGUUUAUUGUUUUAAUUGGAAAGAUGAAGCGAAUCGAACAGAACGAGAUGCAUCUAAAGACAUCAAGGAACCAUUAAUGUAUGAGUACAUCAUUGUUCAGUAUCAUAAAGGAAGUAACGAUUUUGAUUUGAGCACCAAUACAUCAAUUUACAAAGGAGGAGAGAGUACAGCAACUGACCUGCGAUUACCUGCCGGAAGUCCAGAUUUCGAUUAUACUGUUGGCUUGUUUGUAAAAAUAAUUGAUAGGUUUGGAGACUAUGAAACAGUAAACUGGACUGUAAACGUAACAAGAGAUGAAUCACUCGAACCAACAAAUGUAGAAGGUGCAAAUAAAUUGUUUGGUGAAUAUGAUGACAGUUACAACAUCACAAAAGCAGGCGGAAAUGACAUCGCUGUUCUAAGGUUGAUUUCAUCAACGGCGAGCAUGUACAGUAAUAUAUUACUGAGUAACAAGUCAGCGACUACAACUGAAGUAGAAUAUGACUUGACUUCUAUCGAGGAAGAUACGAUUGACGAUGUUCAGGCACUUGUCAGGCAGAAAACCAACGAAUUUGUCACCGAAAUUUCAAAGCUUGUACCUGUCAAUUCAACAAUCAAAAUGUUACCAUCUGAUGCCCAUUUAGUUGCCAGUACAUUGGACGAAUGUAUAUCUAAUCAGGAUGCUAUAACGCAAUCAGCUUCGGAAGGUAUAACAAAUACAACGUAUGAACUUAUGCUAAACAUACAGAAUGCAUCGAAAUCUAACCCUAUCCCAAUGCAGGAAUUGAAUGCGAUCAAAGGUGGAGCUCUUGAUGUUAUAGACGUCAUAUCUAAAAAUCUAAAAUUCUUGGAGAAUACAACAAUUGAAGAUUUGAAUACCACAUUGACCCUAGAGCAAGUUGAGUUAGAUCUUCGUGAAUAUCUACUGUACCAUCCGGAAGAAACAUCGAAAUAUCCAAUUAACACGGAAACUAUACAAGCUAUGUAUGAGAAACGUAUGACAAUUAGAAAAAAACAAAUAGAAGUUGGAAAUAGCACUGAGAAAACAACUGGAAAGUUAUUUGCUUGUAUAGACACUGUAAACGAAGUUAACUCAAUAAAUGUGGCUUAUGGACAGGGACCAUAUGAAAUAAAAGCAUCAAAUCUCCAGCUUACAAUUGAAAAGGACAGCGUUUCAAAUCUGAUAAAUAAGACUAAGCUGUAUCGUAAUGGUUUUACCUUUGAUAUGGAAAAUGAAACCUUUACCAAUAUAACCGAUGAAAACGUCGAGAUACAGGUUUCUGUAUUGGACUCUUCGCCUAUAAUCCAUGCAGGUGGUGCUACAAAUAUUCAUGGAAAAAUUGUCCGCUUAACAGCUCGAAACGAUGAGGGAAACGAAAUACACUUUCCAGUUCCCAUGACAAUAGAGAAUGAAAAAGAGGCUCAUUAUGCUGAGUUUGAUACCGCCAUCUUUGAUGAUGAACACGACGGGCUUAUGCACUUUAGAGUUCGUCUUCAAGACGACAGCGAUGCACUGAUAGCCUACAUCUUACCCGAGGGAUUUGAUGAAUAUACAACCGAGACCUAUAAUUUGACAGUUUAUGCGACGUCAAAAAUAACUUCUACAGUUGGAGAGUAUGAAUUUGAAGAAGCUGUGUCUCCCCUUAGUUGGACAACUUUCGGAUUUAAAGUAUUCAUUCCAAGUGGCACUUUUCCAAAAGGAGAUAUAGUGUUAUCUCUCAAAAGCAAAGAAGUCCCACGCAAUACAUCAGGAACAGAAGGGAAGGUACGAAGGCGACGUAGUGUCGAUUUAGACAAUCCAUCAAACCAAACUUUUACCAAUAUUAGUGUAGCCAUAGUAACUACUGGCUGUCGUGUGUAUGAUGAAAGUUCGAAUUCAUGGACUUCGAAUGGAUGCAAUGUUCUGUCAUAUUCUACUCUCAACGAAACAUUGUGUAGAUGUGAAGCUGGUGCAGGAAAUGUCUUUGCAUCUUCAUUUUUUGUACCUAACAUGAUCGAUUUCCAUUCUGUGUGGUCCAAAUUUGACGUUAACAAUGCAGCCAUAUAUGGAACAUUAAUUGCAUUAUUCGUUCUGUACGUGGCGGGUAUGGUUUACCUUAGACGAAAAGAUAAGAUAGACCAGAUAAAGUGGAUGCCGGUGUUACUCUGUGAUAACCAAAAAUCUGCUGAAUACUUUUACCUAAUAUCUGUAUAUACUGGUCUCAGACCAGGAUCAGGGACAAAGUCGAAUGUUAGUUUUAUUCUUGGAGGCGAAGAUGGUGACAGUGGUGUACGUUUACUGAACGAUGGAACAUCUGAGGGAAUACAGAGUAAAUCCGUGAGAAGUUAUAUAAUGGCGACACCUGAAUGUCUUGGCGGACUGACAUAUGUUAGAGUAUGGCAUGACAAUAGUGGGGAAGAUGACGACGCGUCAUGGUAUUUACAUCAAAUAGUCGUUGAGGAUAUACAAACAAAAGAAAAAUUUGUAUUCCUUUGUGACCGAUGGUUGGCUCUGGACCUUGAUGAUGGAAUGGUUGAUAGGUUAUUGCCAGUCCUUGAUAAAGAUAACGCUGGAUUUGAAUCAGUGUUUUCACAGCAAACACGUCUCAAUAUAUCUGAAAACCAUCUUUGGCUUUCCAUAGUGGUGAGACCUCAGAGAAGCUUGUUCACCCGAGUACAAAGACUUUCCUGUUUAAUGUCACUACUUUUACUUACUAUGAUUACAAAUGCAAUGUUUUUUCAAACCGAAGAUGAAGAAACAGUAAUUGCGGACACGGUACGGAUUGGAAAACUCCGGCUUUCCCUGAAAACAGCGUACAUUUCUGUAGUUGGUGUUUUAAUAACAGUAAUACCAAUUAUGAUAAUUACACACUUAUUCAAGAAUACAAGAGUGAAGAAGAAAAUUGUAAAAGAUGGAAAGCAUGAUAAAACUGUUCUUAAAUCGAGAGAAAUUACUAUGGAAGAAGAGGCAAAAUAUCCGCAUUGGGUUAUCUACAUAUCAUGGAUAAUAGUAGCUUUAUCUAUAAUUGUUCCAGCAUUCUUUAUGCUACUCUAUAGUAUGGAAUGGGGUACAUCUAAAUCUGAAGAAUGGAUGACAACAUUCGUGUUGUCCUUUGUAGAAUCUCUGUUUAUUGUAGAUCCAUUGAAGGUGUUGAUUAUUGCGCUGUUUAUUGCAUGGUUGAUUAAGAAACCAGCAGAUGAUAUAAAUCUGAAGAUAGAUUUAGAUUCUGUUCGAGAACAAUGCAAGAACAGCACCGAAAAUAAUUCAAAACAGUUCCUUUCAUUUAGAAUGGAAGUAAUGUCUAAAUCAGGACCACCUGUUGAGAAUGCACUUCAAGAUCAGAGAAUUAAAAGAAUGAAAGAGAAAAUUGCACAGCAAGCUUUUAUAGAGGUUAUCCUGCAAAUACUUUUUGCAGCUGUAAUAUUUUCAAUCAGCUACGUGAACCGAGACGACAGAUUUUAUAGACAGAAAGAAAACAUCGAUAACUAUCUAUAUGCAUGCAGUAAAACUCAAUACGGAUUUUCUAAAGUUCUUUCACAAGAAGCAUUUGUAAAUUGGACUAAACAAACAUUAAUACCAUUUACGUAUCCAACUGAAAAAUAUAAUGGCAAAGGCAUCAGUGCUUUUGACAAAUACUAUGUAGCUGACAUGGAAAAUGUUCGUGUUGGACAAGUCAGACUUCGACAGGUCCGGGCAAAUAAAGAUGACUGCUUAUAUGGUGGCCUUACAGAAAGUCGUUUUUGUGUGCCUGCAUAUGAUACUGACAAAGAGAACAAAUCACUCAUGGUACCAAUAGGUCCAAUAACAUACACAUCUAACGCUUGGAAGUAUAUCGGCGCAGAUGAAAUAUGGGGAAUUGCAAUCACUGGUUUAUACAACACUUAUAGUGGUGGAGGGUUUAUUCAAAAUUUCCAUAAAGAAAAAGCUUUAACUAUCAAUGCCAUUGACGAACUAACGGCAAAUAAGUGGAUAGAUAGAUUUACGCGUGCUGUUUUUGUCGAGUUUACUCUUUUUAACCCUAAUUUGAACUUAUUUUCCUAUACUAUUUAUUUAGCCGAAUUUUCGGAAAACGGAGGCGCUUAUAAUUGGAUCGACACUCAAAGUUUUCGUGCAACUACAAUAACUGAUGCUACAGGUGCAUUCUCUAUACUAUUGUACAUAAUUUACUUAAUUAUAAUCAUCGUUUUAACGUACAAACUAAUUAAAAAGUUUCGGCUACAAGGCUGCAAACAAACUUUCACAAAUUUUUGGAAUGGUCUUGACAUUGUUUUGUGCACGCUGAGUUAUGCUGCAACUGUUGUGUGGAUAUUCAAAUAUAUCUAUACGAGAAAAGCUAUGAAGCAGUUUAACGAUGACAGAGAUGCAUUCAUCAAUUUCCAACAUAUUGUUGUCUGGGAAUAUAUAUUUACAUGUAUUCUUGGCGGGCUCUGUUUUGCGGCAACUUUACGCAUUCUAAGUGCGUUAAAAUACAACAAAAAGCUGACAGAAGUUGCAGAAGUUUUGCGAAAAGGAGCAAAUCCUAUAUGCCAGUUUGCUGUGAUGUUUAUGUGUGUUUUUUUCAACUUCGUUGGAUUUGGAUAUCUACUCUUUGGAUCCACUGUACGUGAAUACAGAAACAUGUUUAUAGCAUUUGGGAGUUUAACAAACACAUUGAUAGGAAGAAAUAGUUUGGAUUCAAUGAUUAGUGCUUCACCAGCAUUCGCAGAAUUGUAUUUCUUUGUUUAUGUUUUCUUUGUAAUAUUUACAUUAAUGACAAUGUUUUCCGCCAUUUUGAACGAGAGUAUUUCCGAAGUGAGACAUGCUCAAGCAGCUGAUACUAUUGGCAUAAUGCAGCUUGUGAAAACAACUAUGAAAGAUAUACUAAGUUUAGUGGGGGUUCAAUUUAGCUCCAGUAAAUCAAAACGUACCAAAGAUAAUCCCAGAGGAAAACAAAAAUACAACAAUGAUAUAGAUACAUCAAACGUGUUGGGUCUCAUACGAGAAACAUUGGGUGAUUUUAAAUCUGAUGAUGAACAAGUCAAACCAAAGGAUAGCCUGGCAGCGCCAGAAGAUGAGGGAAACAAUGAUUUGUCAGCAAAAUUAGAUGUUAGACCUGAAUCACGUCCAUGUACGGCACAGAGUGUCAAAAUUAUUUUACCAGACGGGACAGAAGCAAAGGACAAUGAAGGAUUUUACGAGUUUUAUAAAGGAUAUUUAUAA